GGUGUAAACACCAUAAAAAUAAUUAAUUAUAGUUGAAAAUAUAAUAUAAUGGAACGCUGGCAUAAUAAAAUAGCUGUUGUAACUGGGGCCAGUUCAGGCAUUGGUUCUGCCAUAGUUAAAGAUCUCAUUAAUAAUGGUUUACAAGUCAUUGGUCUGGCCAGACGUGUGGAUAGAGUUGAGGAUAUUAAAGCACAAUUACCAGUUAAACUACAAUCAAAAUUAACCGCUAUUAAAUGUGACGUCUCCGAUGUGAAAUCUGUUAAUGACGCCUUCGAUAAGAUCAUCUCGCUGUUUGGUGGUGUUGAUAUAUUAGUUAAUAAUGCUGGUUGUUUAGCAAGUGGUCAGCUGUGUACAGCUGAUGUUGAUAAGAUACAACAGGUUUUACAGACAAAUGUCAUGGGUGUAGUUUAUUGUACUCAGCGUGCUUUUAAAUCGAUGAAAGAGCGCAAUUUUGAUGGUCAUGUUGUUUUAAUCAAUAGUAUUGCCGGUCAUAAUGUCAUAGCUUUAGGAGACCAAGUACCAGAUGGUAACAUAUAUUCUCCUAGUAAAUAUGCUAUUACUGCCAUAACAGAAAUUUAUCGCCAAGAAUUUAAAGGUUUAGGAACUAAGAUUAAAGUAACGAGCGUUAGCCCCGGUGCUGUUGACACUGAAAUUGUUCCUGAUAAUAUUAAAGAGUUUCUUGGUGAAUGUUUACUUAAAGCUGAAGAUAUAUCUGCUGGUGUUUUGUAUGCCAUUUCAACUCCGCCCCAUGUUCAAAUUCAUGAAAUGAUCAUAAAACCAGUGGGUGAAUUAUUUUAAGAGAAUUUAGUAAAUUUUAUUUAUAUGUAUAAGUUCAAAUAAUUUGCAGCUUUUUGUUGUUUAUAAAAAUAUUGUCGACAUAUAAACUAAAAUAUUAAGUUAAUUCUACGUUUUAAUCAAAUUUGUGUAUUGGGACUAUUCCCAAUUAUUUGUCCAUAUCAUAGCAAACAUAUAUAAUGUGACUUAAAAUUUUCUUUGAUUUUAAAUAUUUAAAGUUUCCUAAGUAGGAAAUAUCUAUAUGCAUUACAUACAUCAAAAUUGCAUUUUUUUAUUGAUUAUAUAUAAAGUAAAGAGUAAUUUAUUAUUAUUUAUAUUUAAUACGUAUGUACUUAUAAAAAUAAAUUAAA